AUGAAACCCCGGAUCCCAGUUUCGCCCUCCGCAUCAGCCCGCCGUCUCGACCUCAGCUUCCUUAAAAUGGGCACCUUCUGGAUGCUACAAGCUGGUAAUAUUAUUCAAAGUUUUGGAUAUUUCUUGCCAUCUACGUAUCUGCCAUCAUAUUCGACUACAACAGUCGGUCUCUCCGAAACAAUGGGCACAAUGCUAGUAUCGCUCUUCAAUGCGACUUCGGUUGCCGGCGGCAUCUGCGUGGGGAUGCUCUGCGAUCGUUACGCAGUCUCCAACAUCUUGCUUUUCUCAUCGGUGGGGUCGGCACUAUCUGUGUUCCUUCUAUGGGGCAUGUCGUCGCCUCCGGAGUCCGAGUCACCUCAGACAGCCAUUGCGUUGCUCACUCUGUUCUCGAUCUUCUACGGCUUCUUUGCCGGUGGAUUUAGCUCCACCUGGUCAGGCGUCAUCAAGCAGAUCAAGCAUGACUCGUCUGCGUCCCUGGAGACUGGGCUAGUGUUUGGUCUGCUCGCAGGUGGCCGAGGAAUUGGCAAUGCCAUUAGUGGCCCGCUUAGCACGGCGUUGAUCAACCAGGGGUCGUUGAGUGGCUCGCGGGGGCAUGAUGCUGAAACUGGGUUUGGUACUCAAUAUGGAACUCUGAUUCUGUUCACUGGUAUCACGGCCUUUUUUGGGGCAUGGAGCUGGAUGUGGCGAUAUAUCAGUUCGGGGGUACGCUGUGUGAAGUGCUGA